GCGCCACCUCUGCUCCCUCCCUCCCUCAAGCGGAGAGCUCCUCUCUCCCCUCCCCUUCCUCUGCUACCACCACCACCACCACCACCACCUUCCCAGAGCACAGAGCCUCGCACACAGCAGCAGGUCCGCUCCUCAUUCCCGGUUGGUCCCCUCUUCCUCCCCCGCCGGCCGGCCUCUUCUCUCUCGCCUCGAGAGAGAGGAAGCCGCGCGCCGCGACACGCGGGCAGCGGGAACCGGGCGGGCAUUAUGGCGCCCGGCGGCGGAGACGCCCGGCGGAACGGCGAGCAGCAGGCGGCGGGCGGCCGGCACGGGUGCGCGUGCGGGUUCCCCGUGUGCGCGUGCGCGGGCGCCGCGGCGGUGGCCUCCGCGGCGUCCUCCGCCGACAUGGACCGCGCGGGGGUGGCCGCCACCGAGGGCCAGAUCGGCGCCGUCAACGACGAGAGCUGGGUCGCCGUCGACCUCAGCGACGACCUCUCCGGCGACGGCGCCGACGACGGCGUCGCCAUCGAGGACCGCGCCGUCUUCCGCACCGAGAAGAUCAAGGGCGUCCUGCUCCACCCAUACAGGGUGCUCAUCUUCGUGCGGCUGAUCGCGUUCACGCUGUUCGUGAUCUGGCGCAUCUCGCACCGGAACCCGGACGCGCUGUGGCUGUGGGUGACGUCGAUCGCCGGCGAGUUCUGGUUCGGCUUCUCGUGGCUGCUGGACCAGCUGCCCAAGCUGAACCCCAUCAACCGGGUGCCCGACCUGGCGGUGCUGCGGCAGCGGUUCGACCGCGCGGACGGCACCUCCCGGCUGCCGGGGCUGGACAUCUUCGUCACCACGGCGGACCCGUUCAAGGAGCCGAUCCUGAGCACGGCCAACUCGGUGCUCUCCAUCCUGGCCGCCGACUACCCCGUGGAGCGCAACACCUGCUACCUCUCCGACGACUCGGGGAUGCUGCUCACCUACGAGGCCAUGGCGGAGGCCGCCAAGUUCGCCACCGUGUGGGUGCCCUUCUGCCGGAAGCACGGGAUCGAGCCGCGCGGGCCCGAGAGCUACUUCGAGCUCAAGUCCCACCCCUACAUGGGGCGGUCCCAGGAGGACUUCGUCAACGACCGCCGCCGCGUCCGCAAGGAGUACGACGAGUUCAAGGCCCGGAUCAACGGCCUCGAGCACGACAUCAAGCAGCGCUCCGACGCCCACAACGCCGCCCGGGGGCUCAAGGACGGCCAGCCGCGCGCCACCUGGAUGGCCGACGGCACCCAGUGGGAGGGCACCUGGGUCGAGCCCGCCGAGAACCACCGCAAGGGCGACCACGCCGGCAUCGUGCAGGUGCUGGUGAACCACCCGAGCCACAGCCGGCAGCUCGGCCCGCCGGCGAGCGCGGACAACCCGCUGGACUUCAGCAUGGUGGACGUGCGCCUCCCGAUGCUGGUGUACGUGUCCCGCGAGAAGCGCCCGGGCUUCAACCACGAGAAGAAGGCCGGCGCCAUGAACGCGCUGACCCGCUGCUCCGCCGUGCUCACCAACUCGCCCUUCAUCCUCAACCUCGACUGCGACCACUACAUCAACAACUCCCAGGCGCUGCGCGCCGGCAUCUGCUUCAUGCUCGGCCGCGACAGCGACACCGUGGCCUUCGUCCAGUUCCCGCAGCGCUUCGAGGGCGUCGACCCCACCGACCUGUACGCCAACCACAACCGCAUCUUCUUCGACGGCACGCUCCGCGCGCUCGACGGCAUGCAGGGCCCCAUCUACGUCGGCACCGGCUGCCUCUUCCGCCGCGUCACGCUCUACGGCUUCGACCCGCCGCGGAUCAACGUCGGCGGGCCCUGCUUCCCGUCGCUGGGCGGGAUGUUCGCCAAGGCCAGGUACGAGAAGCCCGGCCUCGAGAUGACCACCAAGGCCGCCGUCGCCAAGGGCAAGCACGGCUUCCUCCCGCUGCCCCGGAAGGCGUACGGCAAGUCGGAGGCGUUCGUCGACUCCAUCCCGCGCGCGUCGCACCCGUCGCCGUUCGCCGCCGCCGCCGCCGUCGUGGCCGACGAGGCCACCAUCUCCGAGGCCGUGGCGGUGACCACCGCGGCGUACGAGAAGAAGACCGGGUGGGGCAGCAACAUCGGGUGGGUGUACGGCACGGUGACGGAGGACGUGGUGACGGGGUACCGGAUGCACAUCAAGGGGUGGCGCUCCCGCUACUGCUCCAUCUACCCGCACGCCUUCAUCGGCACCGCCCCCAUCAACCUGACGGAGCGGCUGUACCAGGUGCUCCGCUGGUCCACGGGCUCCCUGGAGAUCUUCUUCUCCCGGAACAACCCGCUGUUCGGGAGCACCUUCCUCCACCCGCUGCAGCGCGUGGCCUACAUCAACAUCACCACCUACCCCUUCACGGCCAUCUUCCUCAUCUUCUACACCACCGUGCCGGCGCUGUCCUUCGUGACGGGGCACUUCAUCGUGCAGCGCCCGACCACCAUGUUCUACGUGUACCUGGCCAUCGUGCUGGGCACGCUGCUGAUCCUGGCGGUGCUGGAGGUGAAGUGGGCGGGCGUCACCGUGUUCGAGUGGUUCCGGAACGGGCAGUUCUGGAUGACGGCCAGCUGCUCCGCGUACCUGGCCGCCGUGUGCCAGGUGCUGGUGAAGGUGGUGUUCCGGCGGGACAUCUCGUUCAAGCUCACCUCCAAGCAGCCGGCGGGCGACGAGAAGAAGGACCCCUACGCGGACCUGUACGUGGUGCGGUGGACGUGGCUGAUGGUCACGCCCAUCAUCAUCAUCCUGGUGAACAUCGUCGGCUCCGCAGUGGCCUUCGCCAAGGUGGUGGACGGCGAGUGGACGCACUGGCUCAAGGUGGCCGGCGGCGUCUUCUUCAACUUCUGGGUGCUCUUCCACCUCUACCCCUUCGCCAAGGGCAUCCUGGGGAGGCACGGCAAGACCCCCGUGGUGGUGCUCGUCUGGUGGGCCUUCACCUUCGUCAUCACCGCCGUGCUCUACAUCAACAUCCCCCACAUCCACGGGCCCGGCGGCAAGCACGCCCACGGCGGCGCCAUGGGCAGGCACGCCCACCACCACGCCGGCAAUAACAAGUUCCAGGAGAUCUACGGCUGGCCGUAGGCUCAGCUCGCGACCUGCUGCACAUUACGCCCUGACCGUCAAGACGACAAGAGUACGUUCCGUUCCGUUCCAGUCCAUUCCAUUCCAUUACGCUCUGCUGCUGCUGCUACAUACAACAUGCGACCGACGACGUACCCGCCACCACAAUUUGAUCUUUCUUUGGUUCUUUUUUUUUUUCUAGUUUUGUCCAGAAAUUGAAAGAUGGUGUUGAUUUGAUUUAGUUCUUUUUUUCAAUUAAUUACCGUACCCGUGGUAAUUAAUCAUGUACCUACUACUUAUAUAUACAUUACGCCAAGAGGAAGAGGGAUCAUCAUCACUUGUAAGUGAGGAGGGAGUGUGAGAUGAGCUGGAGGGUGAGUGGGGCCCGGGUUGCCAGUGUCUGUACUGUACAUGCUACAGAGAGAGAAGAAGAAGAGGAGAGGGGUGUAGGGCCCCGGCUGUGGUUGGGGUGGUAUUCUUUUAGGUAUAUGGAACACAAUAAAUUUAAUUUCAUUCUUGCGGAUUAAAAUGUGUCA